GUCAUCACCAACUUCUUUAAAAGGAUGCAAGCCAGAUCCCAACUCAUGCACACUCCUUCUGACCUUCCUCCUUGUCUCUGCUUCAACCCUUUUCCUCUAUUUAUGUAUACAUUUCAUCUUGCUUCUGAGGAAACCUGAAAGAGGGAGAGAGAGAGAGAUAAGGAAGCGUAAUCAACAUGGCCUUACAGACUUCAACUGAUGUGCGUCCCGUGCUGCAGCCUGCGUGUAACAGAGUCCCAACUCAGGAAAGCAGGAAACAAGUAGAGAAAUCACAACCAAAACUGCCGUCUUCUGCUCCAUCAGCCAUGACUAACCUAACCUUCCCUGCGAAGAAACCAGCUCCGAGGACAUCACAGUGUAAACCAACCAAGCCGUCCCCACCAAUCUCCCCCAAAUCCAAGCCUCUGGCUUCCUUGACAAUGCUAAAGCGAGCCAGUGCUAACGAUCCUCACAGCCUGAACUUGAGCAUCGACAAGCAGUGCCCCGCCACCAACUUCGCCAAUGUCAGCACCAAUGCUGCUACCUCGAGCAAUAAGCUUCUGAGAGGGAGGAAGAAGUCAAGGCCGUCGAGCAACGGCGGGGAAGCUUCAUAUGACUCUUCAAUCUUGAUCAAGUUUCCCGGCAGCAUUGCUGCUGCCAGGAGGGAGCAAGCGAGCCUGCUUCAGGCGCAGAGGAAGCAAAGGAUUGCCCACUAUGGCAGAAUGCCGAAGCCAGGAGCGAAGGUCGUCCCGGAGGAGCCCCCAACGCCAACCAGCCAGGCCCAAGAGCAGAAGCGAUGCAGCUUCAUCACUCCCAAUUCAGAUCCCAUCUACGUGAGGUACCAUGAUGAGGAAUGGGGAGUCCCAGUACAUGAAGACAAGAUGCUGUUUGAACUUCUAGUUUUGGCCGGCGCUCAGGUGGGCUUGGACUGGACUACCAUCUUGAAGAUGCGUGAUGCCUUCAGGGAAGCUUUUGAUGGCUUCGACGCGGAGUCAAUUGCCAACUUCACCGAGAAAAGAAUAGCUUCCAUCAGUUCACAACUCCACAUGGAUGUGCUCAAAGUCCGCGGCGUUGUCGACAACUCCAAGAGAUUAAUCGAGAUAAAACGAGAGUUUGGAUCGUUCGACAACUACAUAUGGGGGUUUCUAAAUCACAAACCAAUGUGCCCUGAUUACAGGUCAUGGAGGAAGGUGCCUGUGAAGACAUCCAAGUCUGAGAGCAUCAGCAAGGACAUGGUAAGAAGGAAAUUCCGCUACGUGGGACCAACUGUCAUUCACUCAUUCAUGCAGGCUGCUGGCUUGACCAAUGACCACCUCAUCACCUGCCCUCGCCACACACACUGCAUGUCAAUGGCAGCAGCAGCUCCCUCCAAUGUUUCCUCACAAUAACCUUCCUACCAGGACUUGAAGGAACAAGAAAGGAAGAAAAUUUAUGACUCUUCUUCUCUUCAAGUGAUUCCUAACUACAUUGUGACCUUCUUCUUUUUUGUUUUACUGUUUUGUAUCAUGGGUAUGUUAACAGAGAAGGGUUGUAGUUUUAUGUGUAUUUGGGUUGUCUAAUUUGGGCUUCUAGAGGUUUUUUCUCCUCUGCUUUUAAAGUGAAUGACUUCAGUGUGUAUGAUUUGUGAAAAGGGUGGAUGAAUCAAGAAAUGAGAAGGAUAGGAGUGGAUGGUAGGAAAAGUGGCAUAAGGAAAGGGACAGAGAGCAUGUGAGUUGGCAGGCAAAUGCAUGUGUGUGAUGUCAGGCACUCCAUUGUUGGCUUUAAUCCUCCAUGUGACUGUGCCCUCUCAGUUCCUUCCUUUAACAGGCUGUGUCCCCAAGUGUGGAGGGCCCCUACCAUGUUGCGUCUCUUCUCUCUUUAUCUCUGUGUUAUCUAUUACCAAAGCCUCUCUCUCUCUCUCUCUCUCUCCCUCUCUUUAUUGAGAUGGACUGGAGGGAGCAUAAUGUACCAUGCUAAGUUUUUUUAAGGCAUGAAUGCCAAGACAUGGGGGCCAGAGUUGGAGAUCCAUGGCUCCUCACUUCGUGCGAUUCUUACAAUGUAA